UGGAACCACGAACCGAGAAUGAGUCGUACGCCCACGCUCGAUCAAUAAUCGUGGGCAGUCUGGUACAGACUCUUCGAGCAAUUACAAAGUUCUCCGCCCAAGAUGUUCAGAACCGCUACGUGCUAUUCAAUCUGAACGCGAUCCACUAUAUCCUACCACACGUAGAACACCGUGAGCUGAACAUCCGCAGGUUCGCGCUAAAAGCGUUAGCGCAACUCUGCCAAUUACCACGCGGCCCGGAGCAGGUCCUAGAGGAUCCACAGAACUUGCGGAAGAUCGCCUACAUGUUGGUGAAGAUUGAAGAUGUGUUCGUCCUAGAAUUUGCGUCACUAGUUCUAUCAGAGCUGACAAGAGAGCCGGUCGGAUGUGAGCAACUGGUAUCCGCUAAUAUCCUGAGCAGCCUCUUCUCCAGGAUGAAGAAUAGUCUGGACCCUGACGUGCAGAAGAAUUGUCUUCAGACGCUCAGCAACCUCCUAGACGACCCGGUCUGCGCCUCAGAAGUAACCAAGAACCAGCAAUUCAGCUGGCCUUCAGUCCUUGCACUCAUGCAGAGCAAAUACCUGGCCAUACAACACGCGGCACUGAGAACGGUGGACCAACUGAUAUGUCGGUAUAAAGAUGAGGUGGUGCAGAAGACUUUUAGGUCUUCCACGGGGGUGUUGGAUCUUUGUGAUAUUUUAGAGUCGUACGAGUUCCGCGACGUCCACGCGGUGGUGCUAAGCGUUCUCAAGAACUACGUGGAGACGGAAGAGAACGCGUCCCACGUGUACCAGUCCGGGUGUAUCCUGCGGCUGCUAGCGUACUUGGAAAUGGCACUACCAGCCAUGAAGCCCCACUGCUUGGCUGUGCUCACUAAGAUAUCCUUCUCUUCUAACGGCAGAGACGUAAGCAUGCUUUAG